UUAUUAUUAGCUGUUUUCCGACGACGUGCCCGUGCUCGUUCUUACACAAAUUUUCUACCUGCAGAGAAGUUAAAUUUAAUUUAAUAAAUAGUAAUCAGUAGUUAGGGUUAUUAAAUUGCCUAGAAAAUGAGUGAAGAAACGCAACAGAAACUUCAGCAAGUUCUAACCGAUUUCAAAGCCUCUCAGAAACAAUACAGCAAGACAGUUGCUCAGGUGCGAAAACUAGAGGGACAGUUGCAGGAAAAUGCUGCUGUCAAAAAGGAGUUAGAAUUAAUAAAGGAUGAUGCUGAAGUGUUUAAAUUAAUUGGACCUAUACUGGUGAAGCAGGAACCUGUUGAGGCACGACAAACCGUUGAUAAAAGAAUGUCCUAUAUUCAAGGAGAACUGAAGAGGUUAGAAGAUACGAUAAGUUCUCUCGAUACGAAGCAAGAGUCGCUACAACAGAAGCUUAAUGAACUUCAGGCGAAAAUGGUGCAGGAACAACAAAAACAGCCGUAAAACUCAAAUUUGUUUUUCUAUUGUAAAUUUAAUUUAUCUUUAACUACACUUGUCCCGUGUGAUAAAAUCAACUCAUGUCAUAGUAUUCUUUGCUUGUCAGUAACUAGAAAAUUGUUCUAACAUUAUGCUAAUCGUGAAUUCAAUGAAAUGGUUAUUUAUCCUUAUCUACAGGCGUGACAAUAAAAUUUAAUCAACAACAUUUUCGCUGAUAUGAGUGAAAAUGUCAAACUGGGAACAAAAGACCUGGUAAUAAAUUUUUCAGAUUUUAGUAAUAAAAAUUUUUUAAGAUUCAGGUCUUGUAAAUAAGGGUGUAAAUACCCUCGCCGUUUCUUCCAAAGAGAAUAAUUAAUUUGCUGGAAGGGUAGUACAUUUAAUAGGCUGAAUCAUCUAAAUCUCAUUUUUUGAUCCUAAGAUCAAAUGAUAUUCCGCUCUUGUCUACUGAUACUUCAUUUUCAAGUCACGCAUAGUUGAGAGACUUGGAAGACAAGGUAUAUGAGUGCAGUUUUUGAAAAAAUUAGGAUAUUAAUGAGCUCAAUUAAAACUAGGUUGCUUGCAAGUAUAUUCUAUGACAAAUUCACAACUAAAAUCCAACUUUAAAGCAUCAAAAAGUGAGUUUAAACUUCUUUUGUGCCAUAAGGCUCCAUGUACUUAAUUAUGAAACUUUUGACAAAAAAUCCUUGAACUAAUAAAAACUGCACUUGUGCGCCUUGUCCUCAAAAUCCCUCACUUGACUAUUACCAGUGGCCAGCUCCUUUGUGUUAAAACCCAUGAAGCAUCGCACAUUCUCCACUAAAAUUACUAAUUUGCUCUAAUGUUUGUUUUUUUUUCAUUUCAUAUUUCAUUUGCUGUAAUAUUAAGUAUUUUUUUACCCUUAA